AGUGAGAUGGAGCUGUCGGCUUUGCCCCCUCAUCUUCGUGUGCCUCGGAAGGCUCGUUUGCUUUUCAGUACAAGGACGGGCCUGAGCGUCUUCGCCACACCUGCUUGAGGUCACAAAACAGUCACUAAAUGAGGGGUGGUGAGGCGAGUCCUGCGUGUUCCAGAGGCACAGGCUUUUGUAACUGCACCCACCAUCUCCGGAAUGGCUACCUCUUGUUCUCUUAGCUGCUGCUCAACAUAUCUCGAGAGACAGAAUCUUGUCUGUUUCCUCAGAAACCCACACUAUGGCAGCCUUAUUUAUGCUGAUGGUCAUGGCGAAGUGUGGACAGACUGGACUAACAUGUCCAAGUUUUUUCAGUACGGGUGGAGAUGCAACACUAAUGAGAACUCCUAUUCGAACCGUACUCUGAUAGGCAACUGGAACCAGGAACGAUAUGACCUAAAGAAUAUUGUAAAACCUAAACCCUUGCCUUCCCAGUUUGGACACUACUUUGAAACAACAUACGAUGCAAUCUACAACAGCAAAAAGCCACAAUCAGCCCAUAGAUUUAAGCGAGAGCCUCAUUGGUUCCCUGGACAUCAGCCUGAGCUGGAUCCUCCUCACUACAAAUGCACAGAAAAGUCAACUUUUAUGAAUAGCUACUCAAAGCCUCUACCCACUCAUUACUCUUGGUGUGUAUAUGAUCCAAACAUGGCCCAAUUUUAGGAUCCAGGAAUCUAAGCAAGAAAAAGUAGCAUCACUUUUUUCUGAAGUAGACUGUAGAAAGGAACACAUAACACGAUUUCUGUCUAAAUA